UCCCCCUUCACCGCCCUUCCUCCUCCCUUCACCCGCCUGGGCAGCCGCCGAGACGGACGAGAAGGGUAGGGGGGCCCAGCUGCCCAGAACUCGGCAGGCCCAGACGAUCUUGAUGGCGCCGGCGGAGGCCGGCGACAAGCACCUGCAAGUGGACACCAGCCUUUUCGUCGAAGUCGGGGACGAGGUGCAGAUCGACAGCGGCUCGGGGUACUCCGAGAAGGCCACCGUCAAGGAGAGCGAGCAGAAGAUGGUCCUGGUCUUGGACCAGGGGCUCCAGCACAGCUACCCCGCGGGAAGUGCGGUCACCACCCUGCCCCAGGACACGCCUCCGCGGUGAGACCCGCGCGGGCCGGCCGGCGCCGUCGGGACGGCCGCGCCGCGCUGGAGCGGAGGCCGCCCGGCCGCGAGCUCUCUCGCGGCCGCCCUUCUGCCCCGGCGGCGCGCCUCGUCGCCGAGGUCCGAGGCACGUCGUCGUCGUCGUUAUUGACGACGUCGGCGCCGUCGCUGGCGUCUUCGUCGCCGCCCUUCUGCCCCGGCGGCGCGCCUAUGCGCCUGGGGUCCCGUUUUUUUUUAGCGCCUCGACAGAGGAAGGCGGCAUGAGCAUGAAUGUUCGUCGUGCGGACCUCUAAUAUCUUAUGUGUUUGCCG